GAACUCUGGUGUGAACCGGGAUGCUCACCAAUGUUGAGCAAGCGAGCAGACUAUUUCGUGCUAUGAGCGGCGUUAUGCCCGACUUGCUCGGCUUUGGAAGCGAGAGUCGCACGCCGGAGCAAUCACAGCAACGCAAUCACUUGUCUCAUGCAUAUUCUACUGCUACGUCUCAUGGCCCCCAAUUUACUCCUGUUGCCAAUGCCCUUGUGUCUAAGACCCCAGUGUCCGCCUUAUUUUCCAAGUCCGAUUGAGAAGCAGCUGUCUCGUCCCAAGUUCCUUGACAUUGUCUCACCAGCGGGAGAUGGCGGAAUAGUCUUCGGCCUGAACGAACGUUGCGCUUUCUAAAUCCCGUUGUAGCACCGCCUUUCAUGGCCUAGCGCCUUGCUGCAACCAAACCAAACCGUGUAAUGGGUACAUACAGCAUCGCAGCCUCAGCUUUGAUUCUUCCCUCUUCAAGCCGGCCACACCACACCACUCUUUUACCAAAUGCAAGGGUGAUCAGGCACGUGGACACUUGUCGCGAUGUCGCAUCUUGGAGACGUCGAAUGGGACGCUCGGUAUCCUGGCCGCCCAUUUCCAAGCAUGCCAUAGCGCGGCAGCCAGACCUUCGUCUGUCUACACCGGCUGUAGCUUACUGCUCUGCCAUUGGAUACGAGGUGCCAGCGGGGUACACUCGGUGAGUGUGGCGUGGAUGAUAUGCAUCAGGUACGCAGUACGUGGCGCAAGGGAUGCUCUUAGCCAUCGGGCCUCUCAGCGUUUCAGCGGGCGCUAGUUACCGGUCUAGACUUGCGUUGUCAUCGGUCCUCAACCUCGCCGGGCUUCAUGGACAUCGGUUUACAUGCUGCUGCUGAGCCUACUGAUGCGAGGGGGGCUCACUUGCAUCAACCGCUUCUGCACAAGCACGUCGAGAAGCAUGUGACUAUGUCGCUGAAGUGUCUACGUUAUGAACGCGGCAGGAAGAGCUAGACCAUUCACGUCAAAAACACUUUACUGCGUCAGCUGCUGUGACCUUAUGCUUGCCAA